AUGCUCUCAUCUGCUUCUGACCCGCACACUCCUCCCCCGCGCAACUCGCCGCUGCCUGUGUUCUCUUCUGCCGCCUCGAACAGGAAGAGCUCAGACAGCUGGAACAGCUCGAAUUGCGAUGGAGCAGACGAUCUCGAGUGGGAGUGGAAGCCGGAGCAGACGCGUCUAUUGUCGAGGACUUUGGACGCUCUUCCCUCGCAUCUGUUGACUCCGUUCAACGGCCCCGUACCUCCGUCUAACCUCCUGGACAAGAUUGCACGUGGUGUCAUUUCCGCGAAGGGCCCCGUCGAGUGGCCCCACUCCCUCCGCGCGACUCGUGCCAAGAUUGUCGAGCUUGCCCGCCUUCGCGCGAUGGAGGACACCUCAAGCGACACUAUCGCCGAGGAAGAGCCCUCAGAUAAAGAUGUCCUCCAGCAGACUACUAACACGGGUCCCAAACGACCCCUGUAUAGACAGUCGAGUAUGGAUUUUAUGCAGUCCUCCAAACUCGACCCCGCAGACAGCAGCAACAUUGCUCGUCUAUCACAUCGCUUGCGCAACACCGAGCGUAUGAUUCCCAAUCCUGCCCACAACCACCAGGCUUACGUCCGCGGCUCUCCACGUCCUCGCUCAAGCGCGCGGGUAGUUCCCUCUACCCCUAGUUCAACCACUCUCAACUCUGAGAGCUCGUGUAAUUCGGGCUCGCGGAUACCGCGCUUGCAGAGAUCCAUGUCUUCCAUCUCCAACUCAUCUGACUCCUUCAUUCAACCUGCUGUCGACCCGCGCCUGCAGCGCAUUAGGCGCGCGGAAUCUUUCGCUGGAUCUGCUCUCUAUGGUCCCGGGUCUCCUCUUAAGCGCGCUCCCUCCUAUGGUUCCAUUUCGAAGAGGCACUCAGAUUCUAUGAGCGUCGACUGCUCGAACCGCUCCGACGUCACCUCCUCGGACGAGGAAGAGAGGAUGCGGAGCAAGAGAGCCAAGAAGCCUCGUGUCAAGCCGAGCUCUCCCACUCCGCCGCCCGUUACGUCCCCUGUUACGUCCCCGGAGAAAACGAAGCCUCUGCGGCGGUCCACACGUACUGUCGUGAAAACCGCGUCGGCAGCUUCACCGUCGGUCCAGGCAUCCCCGCGUCUCAACCCUAGAGCCAAAAUCAAUCCGCAGCGUAAUCCUAGCAUGUUUGGCCCCGAACUCCCUGCAGUCGCGUUCCCAUCCGUCAAAUCACCUACUCCGUCACCAGCCAAGACCCGCUCCGUUCGCAGGUCUUCUGUCGCCCCCACGCCCACGUCUCCUUCCCUCCGCAACUCUCCCAUGGGCGCCCAGACACCGGCGUCGUCUUCUCGCAAGGCUUCCCGUCGUACUAAGGGACCGUCCUUGGCCGGCGGGGUGAUGGGCAGGAAGAUCACGUUCGGCGCCCUCGGGAACUCUGGGGAGGAGAACGCUGGUCCCACCGGCGGUCUGGGUCUCGAAAGUGCAUUCCAAAUGCAUUGA